GGUAAAGCCCACCCACUUGCUUACGUUUAUUUCUUGCAUAUAGCCCUCUCACAAGGUUUGCUUACAACCGCCCGUCAGAACACAAAGUAGCUCAAGGAAAGAAGAGCAUCUAUACACCUUACAACACCUAUUUCAGUCAUGUGGGUAGGGCUUGUCAUUUACCUUUUGCUGCCCAAUGUGCAGUCAUGCUCUAAAGGUACACCAAAAGAAUGUGCAGAAGCAAAUUUUGCCCCUGGGUCAAACUUGGCCGGGGAAGGAUAUGAUGUGACCAAGAUGCAGCGCAAAGGAGCCUUCGUAAUCAACACGUACACCUGGAGUCAAAACGAUAAAUCGUGCAUGAUUUGCAAGAAUCCCUACAUGGAUGGGGAAAAACAAAAGCUCCCUAUAUCUGUGGUGGACUGGAGAUCCAGUCAGAAGUGCAGCAUGAAAAUCUCAAGUUCUCUCUAUGAGUCCAGUGAAGAGCUGGUCAGCUCCAGCAGCUCGUCUAUUGAGAACAACUGGGCUGUGAACUUAGGGAUAGACAUCCAUCAAAAUAAAGCCUCGUUCAUUAUGGCUGGAACUAACUCCAAGCUUGCAGAGUACUCGAUGGAGAAGACCAAGAAAGACAAGUUUAGUUUUGCCAGUCAGAGUAUAUCGUGUGCCUUUUACAGCUACAGGGUCUCUAAUAAGCCUGUUCUCCACCCUGAGUUUAAGCGCUCUAUGAAGGAGCUUCCCAAGACGUACAAUAUUGAUUUCAAACAGCGCUUCUACAAGUUCAUUAACACCUAUGGAACCCAUUAUAUCACUAAGGUAACUCUUGGUGGAAGUGUGCACUCGGUGACCAGCAUCAAACAGUGUGAGACCGCUCUUCAAGGCUUAAGUGUGGACGAAGUGAAGAUAUGUUUAGAUGUAGAGGCAAGUGCUAAUGUCCGUGACAAAGCCGACAUGAAAGCAGAAAGUAAACAUUGUAAUGAAGAUAAGGAGAAAACAGAGAGCAAACAGAGUUUCUCCAACCGCUUUCAAGACAGACUCACUGAGGUCACUGGUGGUCAUACAACAGAGCCUGAGCUUCUUUUCUCAGGAAGCAAAGACCCAACCGCCUACAAAGAAUGGCUCGCUACUCUCCCAUCAAACCCUGAUGUGAUCUCUUAUUCUCUGGAGCCCCUGCACGAGUUAAUCUCCACCAAACAUCCAGUGCGCAAACAAUUGCGCCAAGCCAUCCAUGACUACAUCCUAGAAAAAUCUCUUUUGAGGAACUGCUCUGAAUCUUGCAAGACCGGCAUUAAAUCCAAUUCCAACGAUCCCUGUGUCUGCACGUGUCACAACAAUCCCGGGAUUACACCCAGCUGUUGUCCUUCUCAGCGUGGACUUGCUCGGGUAAACAUCACAAUUGUGAAGGCGCAGGGCCUGUGGGGUGACCAUACCACAGCGACUGACGGAUAUGUAAAAGUGUUUGACAAAAAUAAUAUGCAGGUUGGACGUACCGAUGUGAUCAUGAAUAACAACUCACCCUACUGGGUGAGGACCUUUGAUCUGGGUGAUGUUGUACUGUCGGAGAAUUACAAACUGAGACUGGAGGUGUGGGAUGAAGAUAGUAAAUGGGAUGAUGACUUGCUGGGAACAUGUGAAGUAUCUACAAGACAAGGCCUGAUUGAGAAUUUCUGCAGUUUGAAUCAUGGUGUGCUGUACUACAAAAUAGAAGUGACUUGUGGCCCGAGUCUGUCUGGACCUUAUUGUUUGAAGUAUGUUGGUUCUCCCAUGAACUUUCACCUGGAGAAGGUUUACGUGUCUCGAAAUGCAAGGCCUGUGCCAGCAGAAAUGCUGAUGGAGAAAGGAGUGCUUCUGGAUAAGAUUUAUUUCAAUCAGAAGACAAGUUACAGUUAUAAAACCAUUCUGUAG